CAGGUAAGAACGAUUCUCCGGGUCAGCCUUUAUAACACCGACUGAGGGACAAUUGCAGUUAAAAAUGACAAGGAAUUUGUUAAUGGAAAUUCAAACACAACACACCAGUUUUGUCUAGAUAAUUAAGAAGUGCAACAAGGGAUUCAAUCAACAAUCCUUCCUGCUCAGACUGUGGGGAGGAAUUCACUCAGUCAUCUAACCGACUGGCACGCCUGUUAUUUUACACGGGGGAGAGUCCAUUCACUUGCUCAGACAGUGGGAAUGGAUUCAGUUGGUCAUCACAACUGAAGGUACAUCAGCAAAUUCACACUGGGACAAGGCUAUUCCCCUAUUCUGUGGGUGAGAAGGGAUUCAGUCGGUCAUCCCACCUGUGGACACACCAGUCAGUUCACACUGGGCAGAGGCUGGUCAUCUGCUGAAUUUGCGGGGAAGGAUUCUCUCGGUCAUCUGACCUAAUGGCUCAUCAGCGAGUUGACACCGGGGAGCGGCCGUUCACCUGCUUGGACUACGGGAAGAGAUUCACUGAAUCAUCUAAGUUGAAGGUACAUCAAGGAGUUCAUACUGGGGAGAGGCCAUUCACCUGCUCAGACUGUGGAAAGGGAUUCACUCGGUCAUCUCACCUACUGCUACAUCGGUUAGUUCACACUGCAGAGAGGGAUUUCACCUGCUCAGAUUGUGGGAAGAGAUUCACUCACUCUUCCACCCUACAGAGACACCAGUCAGUUCACACCAGGGAGAGGCCAUUCACCUGCUCAGUCUGUGGGAAGAGAUUCACACAGUCAUCACACCUACAGAGACACCAGCAAGUUCACACUGGGGAGAAGCCUUUCACCUGCUCAGACUGUGGGAAGAGAUUCACACAGUCAUCCACCCUACAGAGACACCAAUCAGUUCACACUGGGGAGUGGCGGUUCACCUGCUCAGAAUGUGGGAAGGGAUUCACACAGUUAUCCAAACUACUGGCACACCAGUCAGUUCACAGUGGGGAGUGGCCAUUCACCUGCUCAGACUGUGGGAAGGGAUUCACUCGGUCAUCUGAUCUGCUGACACACGGGCGAGUUCACACCGGGGAGAGGCCAUUCACCUGCUGUGAAUGUGGGAAGGGAUUCGCUCGGUCAUCUGAUCUACAGAUACACCAGCGAGUUCACACUGGCGAGAGGCCGUUUACCUGCUCAGUCUGUGGGAAGGGAUUCCAUAAAUCAUCCAACUUUCAUAGACACCAGCAAUUUCACACUGGGGUGAAGCAGUUCACCUGCUCAGACUGUGGGAAGGGAUUCAGUCGGUCAUCCUCACUAUUGGCACACCAGUCAGUUCACACUGGGGAGUGGCCAUUCACCUGCGCAGAAUGUGGGAAGGGAUUCGCUCGGUUUUCUGAUCUACAGAUACACCAGCGAGUUCACACUGGGGAGAGACCAUUCACCUGCUCAGUCUGUGGGAAGGGUUUCCAUCAAUCAUCCAACCUUCAUAGACACCAGCGAGUUCACACUGGGGUGAAGCCGUUCAUCUGCUGUGAAUGUGGGAAGGGAUUCACUCGGUCAUCCUCACUACUAGCACAUCAGCGAGUUCACAGUGGGUAGAGACCGUUCACCUGCUCAGAACGUGGGAAGGGAUUCACUCAGUCAUCCAAUCUACAGAGACACCAGCAAGUUCACUUCGGGUAAAGGCCGAUCACCUGCUGAGACAUUGGGAAGUGUUUUCUCAGCCAUCUCCAUCAAAUAUGCAUCAUUGGGUUCACACUGGGGAGAGGCAGUUUACCUGCUGUGAAUGUGAGAAGGGAUUCACUCAGUAAUCUAACCUUGUGACACACUAGUGGGUUCACACUGGGGAGAAAGUUUCAAUAAGCUGCAUGCUGGAUAUUUGUCCAUCACUGUUGCAGAAUGCAAUUUCGAGAGUGACUGUCGGUGCUGAACUCUGCAAUUAUUGCUGCUAUACACCACACACAGUUCUGCACCCUGGUCACUGGGCAUGGGAGGAGUUUCUUCUGCUGCACAUUCACCUUUAAUGGAACUGGAUCUGAGACAAAUAAAUCAAUUCUAUUUUAAACUCUGUCUCUGGUACUUAGUGCAUUUAUAACACGCCUAGUGUACAGUAGAGAAUCAACUCAGGCCAGCUGGACCCUGCCAGUUAUUCAUUUCCAUGACAGUCUAUUUAAAUCCGGCCCCCCCCUGUUGCUCAUCUCUCACUCUCCCUCUGGUGAUGGGUUCCAAACAGUCAUCAUCUGUGGGUGAAAACGUUUCCCUUGAAUUUUCUGCAGACUGAAGAAGUCGAGCUGAUUACAGUUCUGUCUGAGAUGUUCUUCACCCCUCAAAUCUCUGGGCUGAGGAAGAAUGAUAUUGGUUGUUAAUCUCCAUAAUCACGACUAAUUUCCACAUUAUGGGUCAUUUUCCCUGCUGCUAAAGGGUUUUUAGAGAACAUCACUGUCCUCUAAAGGCCGAAAACAGAAUGGGAAACCAUCAGUUGGAUGUUUAACUGAGCAGGGUCAGAUACCAGAGGUGGGUCUGCACAGGGCAGAAUUUGGGGCUCUGGACGAUGGUCGGGUUAAGAACUUAUGAUGAGGAGAAGGGAAUCAGCAGCGGGGUGUGGCAACAAAUGUCAGAGUAGCAACAUUUGGAAGCUGAUUGACAGAGACAAUCAGUCGAUUGACUGAUGACACAAACAAUGCCUGUGGUAAGGUUCUCCACUGGUUGAGGUACAUGUGUGUUGGGAAUGGUUUUAUCCAUUGAGGGACUUGUUCCUGCUUGUUUAUCCAGUAAUAUUAUAUCCAGAUGGUUAUCAUGGAUUAUCCUCUCUGAAAUAAUGUAUUGAUUAUCAUAUAAUUUGUACAAACGUUUGUAAGAUCUUGACUCUAAAACUGGGUCAGGCUUGAAUUCAUGGUGCCUUUAUUAAGUUAUGGUGGGCAUUGAUGAGUUUGUAUUUUAAAGCAAGAUUUUGAUGAAUGAUAUUUGCCACUUGAUUGUACCUUUGUAGGUAAUCAGAUUGAAUUAAACUGCUGCGGGAU